AUGGGUGUUUUGGGCUCCAAGUGGCUUCUUGAAAAUGUCCCGGCGGCCAGAGGCGAUGCUAUGAUAUGUGGUGAUGCCGGUAUCAACGCAAUCGAUCGACUUCGAAAAGCCUUAGAUGCUGUGAAGCUUCUUGAACAACUACCCGUCCACGCCCCAGAAAUCCAAAAAUAUAUUGCCAUUGCCAGCGAAGCUUCUGAAGCCAUAUUCGGUGAAGGAGAGUCCAAGGUCUUGCAACGCGUCACAGUCAACAUUGGAUCCAUUAGUGGGGGUAAGCUUUCCAACCUUAUCCCCAGUGAGGCGCAAGCCCAAGGCGAUAUACGAAUUCCCCUUGGAAUCUCUAUUGAGAACGUUCGGAAACAUCUCCAAGAGUACCUUGACCCUAUGGGAGGCGUGAGUUGGCGGAUCAUCCGGAGCUACGAGCCGACCUGUACCUCACCAUCGCAUCCCUUAAUUGAGUCAGCCCUCUUGGCUUCUACACAAGUUAUGGAUCAGCAACCGACUCCUGUGGUGAACAUCCGCGUUGGUGCGUCAGACGCGAGAUUGUACCGCGCUACUGGUAUUCCUAGUGUCGUCGUCGGCUGCACACCUUCUGGUAUGGGCGCUGCGGAUGAGUUUAUCAUGAUUGAGGAGCUCGUCAAAGUCGCGCAAAUACACGCCUUGAUUGCAUAUGAUUUGCUUAAGGAAGAGUGA